GCACCCCCAUGUCCUCAUCACUUCUUUCGUCCCUGGCUAAAUUCUCAACUUGCGAGAUAUCCGACGCCCUCAUCAAAAUAGGCCUUCCUCAUGGGGGACUCAUCCCCGACAUUCAAAUGUACUCACCACAUACCGGCGCGUCUGAUGUUCGCAUUUGUGGGCCAGCGUACACCGUGCAGAUGGUGCCGGCAUCAGACAAGGUAUCCUCGAAGCCCUCCGCUCACUUUGUCGAUACCGCACCGGCAGGUUCGGUGAUUGUCAUAGAUGCGCCUCCUGAGACGAAGAAUGCCGUCUGGGGCGGGCUCAUGACUGCCGGUGCCAAAGCUCGUGGGGCGCUGGGAGUGAUCAUAUCUGGGCGAUGCAGAGACGUCGCAGAGCAUCGCGGCGUCGGCUUCCCCGUUUUUGCGAGGGGGCACUCCACGCUCGGACAAUCGCCCUUCACUCGUCCGUCGGCAGUGAACGUGCCCCUCACGAUCACGCCUCAGUUUCUCGGAGCGCAUACAGAUGCCUUCCCGGCGCUGCGUAUCGACCCUGGCGACUGUGUGGUGGCAGACGAGGACGGUGUGGUCUGUGUCCCGCAGAGCUUGCUUGAGAAGGUGCUGCAAUUGGCAGAGAAAGGAAGAGAGGUAGAUGGCCGCUGUAUGGAGGAUAUUGUGGCGGGUGUCAGCAUUCAAGAAACGUUCAAGAAGCAUAGGGGAAAGUUGUAAAUCGAGUAGGCUUGCGCAUCCCGCAGUGAGACGUUUCUAAAAGAUUGAAUAAUGUCUCGUGACAUAUCUGC